AUGAGCCAGGCGAAUGCUAAUGAGAGCAAAUCUGAGUCCGCCAUAGAGUCAAGCCCAGCACAGAAGAAAAUCAAAAUGGAAGACACAAAGUACCUCCCGGAGCUCCUGGCUGAGAAAGACAGCUUGGAUUCAUCGUUCACGCACGCCAUGAAACUCAUCUCUGCAGAGAUUGAGAGGAUCCAGAAAGGUGAAACAAAGAAAGAGCCAGAAAAGGAAACAUAUCUGGACCUGUUCGCUACCAAGAAUCUCAAACUCAAAGAGCGAGUCCUCAUUCCCACCAAGCAGUACCCUAGGGUUAACUUUGUCGGUAAGCUUUUGGGACCCCAGGGUAGCACAAUCAAAAGGCUCCAGGAGGAUACUGGUGCAAAGAUUUCAGUUCUUGGCAAAGGUUCCAUGAGGGACAAGAAUAAGGAGGAAGAGCUGAGGAAGGGUGGUGAGGCUAAAUAUGCUCACUUGGCCAUGGAGUUGCAUGUGUUCAUUGAGGUGACUGCACCCAUCCCAGAAGCCUAUCUGCGAAUGGCACAUGCCAUGGAGGAGGUCAAGAAGUUCCUCAUCCCAGAACCUGGUGAGCAUGACCCAUACAUGGAUCCUCACUUCUUGAAUGGAUCCCAGGAUGGUUCAGGCAGGGGGCGAGGUGGCCACUUAGGAAGGGGCAGAGGUGGACCACCUGGUGCUGGAGGACCAAGGGGGCGAGGAAUGCCACGUGGGGGCCCUCGAGGGGCAAUGCGUGGUGGAGCUCCACGGGGAGGACUAGGACGGGGAAACGCUCCCAGAGGUGCGCCAUCUGGUAGGGGUGGUCCACCCUCUGCUCCUAAUAGAGGAGGCUCAGCUCCCCGCUCUAGACCACCUGCAGCUGGGGCACCAAGAAUGCUUCCCUCUGCAGCCAUGUCCCACCAGCAACACCAAGUUCCUCCUUCAGCAUCACAGCCCAAAGCUGAUGCCUAUGAGGACUAUCCUCCAUAUGAAGAAUCCUAUGCAGAACCUGCCUAUGAAGGAUAUGAUAGUUAUUAUAGUCAGCAGUCUGCACCUGCGGAUACUGAAUAUUACGAUUACGGACACGGGGAAGCCCAGGAUUCAUCAUAUGAGCCUUAUGCUCAAGAUGACUGGGACAACUCAUGGUCCAACUCCGGGGCCGGAGGCAAAGCCCCCCCAUCCAGGCAGUCGAAGGGAACGUAUAGAGAGCACCCAUAUGGAAGAUACUGAACGGCUACUGGUAGAGAGUUGCUAUGGCGACUGUCUCCGAUUGUAACUCGCUUAACUUUUCAAAAGUAAUUUCCCUCUCGUUUGUUCCCUUUUUUAUGCUUUAUUUUAUUUUUAUUUUAAAAAAACUAAAUAGACAUUUUGUUGGAUGUAUCCGAGCGCCAGAGGAGAAACUUGAACGCAAGUUUUUUUUCAUUGUUUAUCUGUUUCCAUUUAAUGUUUCAGUUGUGUAGUUGGCAGUUAAGGUCCUAGUGACAUAAACCUUAACAAAGGAACAAGAGUGACUUUUUAGUGAUAUUUGAUGGCUAUCAUUUCAGUUUCAGUGAUUGUGGCGAUAAACUCUUCUCACGUAGGCUGCAUUUUUAAAAGUCCUUCAUGACUGGACAAAAAAAGAUUCGUAAUGCCUCAAUGUAACGUCACCAUAACUAGAUUUAGUUGCAAACUCAAAUACGUCCCUGAGCCGUUUUGAUUAAAAACAAAAGUCUUAUCCUACAUUUGUUUAUACUAUGAUACAAAUCUCGUAUUGUGUGAAGUUGUAGAAUUUCCUAAAAUUAUUACACUAUUGAAAUCCAUUUGACAAAGAAAAAUGCCUCUAUUUUUGCCACUCCUCACAAUUGGCACAGUAUGUCGUGACUUUACUUGCAAAAUCAUCGCAGAUGUUAGACUAAUUCUUGUAAAGCUUGAAUGAUUAAUAAUCCUUACUAUGUGUAAGGAAACGCUGCAGCCGACUCAAUAUUUUGUACAUAACCUUAGGACAACUGUGUAUGCUUUAAGCCGUGCCGUCUCCAAAAUGCAUAAUGCUUGUGUACCUUUGGCUAAAUAGGAUCCUAAAUAUAUCCCAAAAUGUUUUUCUGCAGUGCGUGUUUCAAUAAAGUUUCUAGUUUCUUUUUAAUCAA